CUGUAGCUCCUAUUUCUUUCUCUUCUUGUCUGGAUCAUUCCUCUCUUCCCUGGAUUUCUAUCUUUCUUCUUAGACAACUUAUAUAUCCCAUUUCAAGUUUCUAUCCUAACAUUUCCACACAAAACAUUUUCCUCUGAAUUUCUUUUUCUUCAUUUUCAGUGGAAUCAUAAUCAAAUAACAAAAAAAAUAGAGCACACCACUCAGCCAAUUGGUCAUGGCUGAUCAUAAGAGACAUCCCUCUGUUUUCCUACUUUGCAUUGCUUCUUUCAUUAUCAGUUCUUACGCUUACCAGUUCAAUGUUGGUGGUGGAGAUGGAUGGGUAGUCAAACCUUCUGAAGAUUAUAACCAUUGGGCUGGUAGAAUGAGAUUUCAAGUUAAUGACACUCUUUUUUUCAAGUACAAGAAAGGAUCAAACUCGGUUUUGGUGGUGAACAAAGAUGAUUAUGACAAGUGCAACGUUGACAAACCAAUUAUCAAAUUAGAAGAUGGCAAUUCAAUCUUCAAGUUUGAUCGAUCAGGCCCUUUCUACUUCAUCAGUGGCAACAAGACGUAUUGUGACCAGGGACAAAAAAUGAUCGUUCAUGUUUUAGCUGUGAGGACCCCACCUAAACCUCCGGCACCGGUACCUCCGGCUUCAUCACCUUCACCUUCACCUCCACCUGCACCGGCUGUAUCACCCAUAUCUCCACCUUCAACAGCUCCUACACCUGCAGGUUCACCAAGCCUGUCACCGCCUUCUUCGGCUCCUACACCUGCAGGUUCACCAAGCCUGUCACCGCCUUCUUCGGCUCCUACACCUGCAGGUUCACCAAACCUGUCACCGCCUUCUUCGGCUCCUACACCUGCAGGUUCACCUAGCUUGUCACCGCCUUCUUCGGCUCCUACACCUGCAGCAGCAGGCUCACCUAGCUCGUCAUCACCUUCUUCAGCGCCCACAUCAUCGCCACCUUCAACCACUGCACCGGGAUCGCCGGGACCGGCCGGUGCGAACUCACCUCCGGGGCCGGGUGGUGGGAACUCACCUCCAGGGCCGGCUGGGGGGAACUCUCCUCCGGGGCAGGCUGGUGCGAACUCACCUCCGGGGCCAGGGUCAUCAUCGGGAAGGCCAGCGGUUACUGCUUCCACUGUAUUGGUGUCAACAAUUUCUUUACUUGUCUUAAGCGUGACUUUUGGAGCAUCCAUUAUUUCGGUCUAGAUUGACUAGUCAGAUGUACAAAAUACCCAAGUAGUACUACAAACCAAAUUUAAUUUUGGUAAAUUGUUGCAGGAUUAGUUUUUUUUUUUUUUGGUCAAAAUUUGUUGUAGGAUUAGUUGAUUGUGUGGUUUUUCAUUUCUUGAGAAUUUUGGAGUGGGACUGGAUCGUUAUUUGCAUAGUUUAUUUGGAAAAGUGGGCAGGGGAUAGUCUGUUUCAGUUUUUUUUUUUUUUUUUUCUGGUUUUGUGAUUUCAGUUUGAAAUUUCGAGUAUCCAGACUCGAUAAUAAAGGGUGAACUUUGUAUUAA